AUGUCUAUUCAUCGAACAACCCAGUACCGAUACGACAAAUCCGUCCCGAUCAAAAAAGCUGGUGAGCCUUGGUAUGGCCAUGGUAAUUGCAAAAUCGACCAGGAAUUCUCCAAAGAUUUCAAUACUUUUAUAGAAGGCGAUCACAUGGGCUACCAUAUGAGACGUGAGUGGGGAGGUCUGCAAUUUCCCGAGACGGCGCAAAUCUGUGAUCCCAAAUACUGCAGAUACACCGGCUUUGGCAGGUCUAAUAUGGCUCGAGAUAGAUCUGACCAGGAAGCGACAGGUCUUGUCCCGAGUAGAUUGUUCAGCCCAACAACGCCUCGACAAAGUCCACCACUGGGUGGCUGUAGUCAUACGAACCCGCAUGCACAUGCUCUCGUGCCAGGUGGAGGAUCCAAAUUGAUGGACCCAAAGGCAAACGUGUUUGUGCCAGGUAGGGGAGGAGCAUAA